CUGAUGUAGAAAGGAGGAGUACCGGGUUUUGCUUGCGUGUGGAAGUCGAAACUCCACAAUGGCGAUUUCUGUGACAAUGGCGGCCUCGAAGAUCGGUUUUUUAAGAAUUUCGCAGCCGGCACCGUCAAGAACGGGGAGUUUCUUUAAAUCUGUGCGUUGCACGCCUCUCCAGCAAGUGCAACAGGAGGUUGAUGCAGGGAUCCUUUGUGAACCUUGCAAUGGUAGGGGAUGGUUAGUUUGUGAUUACUGUAAAGGGAAAAAAACCAAUAUCAAAGCUGAGAACAACAGGAUCUAUCGCAGAUGUCCAUCUUGUAGAGCGAUUGGUUAUGUGUUGUGUUCAAGCUGCAAAGUGUUCAAAUGUGUCACUUUCCCGGAUUAUAGUGAUGGUGAGGAGCUAUCAUUCUGAGCUUGCUGUUUUAGUUUUGCAUAAGGCUGCAUGCUCCUGGACUUCUUAAUUCUCUGGAGGAUGUUGCAUUCAGGUUUUUUCUUUUCCUUCUUUGUAAUUUUGCAACCCUCCAGAAGAAAUUCUUUGGGAGGCAUCUAUGUAAUUGCAUUUUAUGAGCAAUGAAAUUGGUUGUUAUCU